AUGGGGUUCAAAUACUCUCGACUCAUCGAUCCAGGCGAAUAUGAAACACAAGGUUUAUGCGAGGGGAUACCCCUGCGCAUGCACAAACAGCCUCAAAAAGAGGAUGUCGGAACUAUCCGGUGCCAAAGGGACUGGAGCCGACUUGUUAAGCAUCUCAAGAAUUACAAAGGUGGUCUCCAUGCCAAAUGGAACUUCAUGUCUACUUCUGUGCCAGAAUGCUUGCCCGAGCGGUUGGAGAUCAUCAGUUAUGCCAACGAGUUUGCGUUCUUAUACGAUGACUACGCUGAGGAUUGCGAUAAGGAUCAGCUGGACACGUCAAAUGACAUCAUGCAAGAAGCAUUUUUGGAAGGUUCAAUCAAAGGCUCAAUCUCAGUGAAAAGAGCAGAUGGAAUGAGACAAAUGCAAGCUCUGAUACUGAAAGAAAUGAUGGCAAUUGAUAAAGAGAGAGCCGUGACAACAAUGAAAGCCUGGGUAGAGUUUCUGAAAUUCGCUGGCGGUAGACAACAUGACAAGCAUUUCGCUACUCUGGAGGAGUAUAUUCCUUAUCGAAGCAUAGAUGUUGGAAAGUGGUGA